AUGACUGAAACACCAGUCAGUGCAAAUGAAAAGAUGUCGUUGGACUCCCCCGCCAAGCAACGUAGUUGUACUGCUGUAAAUACACCAUCUGCAUGUGUUAACAAAGCAAUACAUCACAUUCAAGAUUUAGAAGUGAAAAUGGAAGAAACCAGCCCUUGGCAUUCUAGACUUAAAAUGUUGACUUCUGUUUUAAGGUAUUCAGAUAUGAAAACUGCUGAAGAAACUAAAGAUAUCUGGUUAUCAGCCUCUUCUGAACUGAAGGCUGACGUGUCAGUGUAUUGGAACGAUAUACAGCCUUUAAAGCAGAAAACAACAGAUGUUUUGGCGGAGGCUACAGAGUUAGUUACAAGACUAGAACAUGAAUGCAAAGCUGCUGAAGAAGCUUUGGAGGUUGAAAGACACCGUAAGAAAAAACUACAGCUAAAUUCUGAUUACCUGUCACUUUGGAGGCUCCAACAGCUUCCCGUAGCUGUUCAGGAAGAAUGGGAGAAUUGUUCUCAAGAUAUUAUAGAAUUACAAUUGCAUUUUGAGGAUAAAAAUCAACAACUGCAGGAUGCAGUAAAUCAAUUGACAAAAAUAGAGGUUGCCAAUGAAAAAAUUCAGGAGAACAUAGACUUCAUGAAGAAAUACAGCCCUCUGCUGGGAGAAAAGCUGAGUUAUGAAGAUAAUCGUAUGGAAGAAAUUAAAAAGGCAUAUAAUGAGACAAAAAUUAGAUAUGAUAAUGUUCAUCAGAAACUUCUGGAUGUUAGAGACUUGCAUCAAAAAAUCACAGAAGAGUAUGAACAAGAAAGAAUAUCCAUGUAUCAGAAAAGAAGGGCAGCUGAGAUGUUGUUGAACCGUACUGAGAAUGAGUUAAAAGAAGUUGAAGCUGUUUAUGGUGAUUUAUGUUUCAAGAUAAAAAAUAUAGAGGAGGCAAUAAUGCAAAAUAAAAAACGCCUUGAAGAAUUAGUCAAGCAAGAAUCAGACACAAAGACUGACAUAACAUCUUGGCAAGCAAAAUUGAAACGUUUGACUUCAAAAAUUGCUGUUCAAGAAAAGGAGAACAAAGAAUUACUAGAAGGAUUUCAUACUGAGUUUAAACAGAUGGAAGAUUCAAAAUCCAGUCAGCAGUCUGAUCUGCAGAAACUGAAAGAAACACUGAAGAAUAAACUUCAGAAAAUAUCUGAUUUGCGGAAAGAAAACAAAUACCUUCAUGAGGAAAAUGAAGAAUUUAUGCAAAAAUUCAAAGACAUCUCAAGAAAGAAAAUAGACCUUCAGGCCGAAAUUCGGAUUUUGCUGAAAAAUAUUCAUAGACUGGAAGAGCAUUUAAAAAAAAUUGUUAAAGAACUUUAUGCUUCUGAAUUGACUUACAGUGAAGCCAAAAUGAAAUUGGAGGAAUUGGAGCAAAACAUCAAUAAAGGGAAAAUGCGGUUUAAGAACUUAGAAGAUAAUGUGAAAAAACAAAUUCGAGAUGAAAUAAGUGCUUGGCAACUCACUCAGAAAAGAAUUAAAUCCCUGUAUUCAGAACUAGAAAAAAGGAAAAAGGAGAAUGAGAAGAAAGAAAAUAAAGUUCAACAGGCAUUAGAAGAAAUUGAAAAAUAUGUGGCUGUACAAUCAGAAUUGCUAAGAAAAAAUAAAGACAAGCAUGUUUAUAUUUUUCAGAAAAUUUCUGAAUUGAAUCAGAUGCUUCAAGAACUUGAGCAACAGGAGAAAAAUAGGAAAAAAGAAUAUGAAGACAAAAAGAAAUUUUUUCAAAGUCAAUUAAAAGAUAUGCAGAUGAAAUAUCUAGGUAUUUCCAGCAAGCUUGAUGAGGUCAAUAAAACUAUUGAAAAUUUUCAGAACCAAAUUUCUAAACUGAAUGAAUUGAGCAAGGGACAGCAAAACCAGGUGGAAAGCACAGAGAAAUCUGUAGAAGAGCUGAGGAAAAAGUUCGCUAGAAUAAAAUCAAAGGAGCAGAAUGCUCAGACAUUAGUUGAUUUUCUCCAUGAUCGGCUGAAAUAUAUUGAAAAAAAAGUAAAGACAGAUGGCAGAAUAUUUGAAGACUUGCUGUGGACUAGACAGAAAAAUCUCAAACAAAAGAAGACUGGUCUGGACAAUGCAAUGGAAGAAAACUUGCGUUUAGCUCAAGAAUAUCAAAUGCUCCAGAUAUGCUAUCUAAAUAGCAAGGACAAGCUUAUGGACCUUUGCAACAAUAAAGUCAGGGCUGAAGGAGCAUUAAGAGAUAAACAGCAGCUCUUUCGGCUGCAAAGCAAGAUGCACAAGGUAUUGGUGGAGUACUUCAAACUGCGAGGCCUCUAUAGCCAAGCCGGGCUGGCGAAGUUCCAGGCAGUCUCUCAUGAGAAUGUUCAGAAAAUAUUAGCUGUGCAGUUCUCAAGCUAUGAUGGGUCUGGAACUCCAAAGUGGAUUGCAACUCUCACAGGACAGCGGGAACAGCAGACAUGGUUUGACAAGAAAGCCAAUCAGCAGAGAGUGCUAACUGAACAUAAAUCAGAGAGCAGAGAUGCUAAGCAUGCCACUAUUGUCUUCAAUGAGCCACAACUCAUGAGUUAUUUGUAA